ACAAACCAGGAAAAAGACCUUUGAGCGGAUCGAUAGACAGCUAGGCUCAGGCAGUUAGACAGAGAAACUACUUUUACACUGAAUUAAAAAGAAAAACAAAGUUAUCAUGGCAUCUCUGUUUAAAAAGAAGACAGUUGACGAUAUCAUUAAAGAGCAGUCCAAAGAGCUGAGAGGCACCCAGAGACAAAUCACCAGAGACAGAGCUGCCCUGGAGAGACAGGAGAGGCAAAUGGAAAUGGAAAUCAAAAAAAUGGCCAAGACUGGAAACCGAGAAGCCUGCAAGAUACUAGCCAAACAGCUGGUUCAGCUCAGAAAACAGAAGAACCGAACCUACGCCGUGAGCUCUAAGGUCACGUCCAUGUCCACGCAGACCAAGGUCAUGAACUCUCAGAUGAAGAUGGCUGGUGCCAUGUCUACCACAGCGAAGACUAUGCAGACUGUCAAUAAAAAAUUGGACCCCAAGAAGACGCUACAGACGAUGCAGGACUUCCAGAAGGAGAACUUAAAAAUAGGAAUGACGGAGGACAUGAUCAACGAUACACUGGAUGAGAUUUUUGAUGAAUCAGGUGAUGAGGAAGAAAGCCAGGACAUCGUGAACCAGGUGCUGGAUGAGAUCGGCAUAGAGAUCUCAGGAAAGAUGGAAAGAGCCCCCUCAGUAGGAAAGAUCCUCCCUGGCGCCUCCCCAGCAAAGUCUAAAGCGGCCACCAUCUCAGACGCCGAGAUCGAGAGACAGCUGAAGGCUCUGGGAAUGGACUAAAUCUCUUCACCCUCCACACAUUUGUACCCACUGCCACCAAAGGACUCAGAGUGGGAAAAGGGAGUGUCUAAGUAAUAAAUAAAGGAAGAAUGUCAGCAAACAUACUCUUAUUGGAGUAUGGCAGUGAGUUACUGGAGGAGAUUCUGUGGUCAGAUAUAUACAGCAGAUUUAGACGUUCUGACAAAAUGCGCUCCAAAUCUGCUGCACAUAUUUAAAGGUGAAGGAUGUCAUUUUUGCACCACUAGUGGCUCCAAAUGGAGCAUGAUUGGGUGGGGCGGCACUAUCUGUUUGGGCGACCAAUAGAAAAUUACGGGGUGGGGAUAUUGAAAAGUUAAUGGCCAGAAUUGCAUACUUCCCUACUUUAUAGUAUGUAAACAGUAGUAUGUUCAAAUUCACAGUAUUCAUAAAACAGUAGACUAAAUUUAUCCGGGUGACCUACUACAUUUGUCAAAAUUCUGAAGUGCACAUCUAAUGGACAUUUUACUAUCCCAUUUGGAGUGGAUUUGUGAAUAACAAUGUAGUGGCACAACUGACACUGGUAUGUCACAUGACAAUGAUAACAUGGUGAAUAUAGUACAUCUGGAUUGCAUUCACACUAUUAGAGCAUACUUUUGUAACAGUGUUUGAUUAAAAAAUUACACACUUUACUUUUAACUUUGAAGGGUGCUAUUACUGUGACCAUGAAUUGUCCUUUAAAUCCU